UCGCCAACCGGUACAGCCAUUGUGAGCGAGGGCUCUAGUGCAACCACUGCUGUAGCAGUGCCAACUGAUGCCCAACCUCUAUCCAACACCAAUUGUGCGGAGUGGCAUGAGGUCUUAUCUGGAGAGGACUGUUCGAUGAUCUCACUCAAGUAUGCCAUUUCUUUGAGUGACUUCUAUUUCCUCAAUCCACAAGUAGAUUCAAACUGCACAAACCUAUGGCUGAACACGUCAUACUGUGUUGAAGCAGUAGGAAAUAUCGCUACUUAUACCAGUUAUGUCACCUCCACUGCAGCAUACAUUUUCACGAAGCCUGCCUCGACAACAUACACCCCGGCCUCUGUUGCCACGGCUACCCUCGAGCCCAGAGCAUCUGGUACUAUCGAAGGAUGCGAUAUCUAUAACAACGCGUUCAGUUCUACUACCGCGAAUGCGACAACCCUAAAACAAUGCGAUAUCUGGGCCAGCAUUGCAGAGGUCACCGUCAAUGAUCUUGUUAGCUGGAAUCCUAGCUUAUCGGCCAGUGACUUGUUCAACCACCUGAUUGCAAUUGCUAUAUCCAGCUCCGCGCUGCCGAUAAGAGUUGCUGACUUCCUCGCCCUAGGUGCUUUCAACUGCACGAUGUUUUCGUCCCUUUUCAACGUCUCUGUCACUACCGUCACCUCGCUCAAUCCUUGGAUAGGUAGUGAUUGUGAUAAAGGUGUCUGGAACGCACUCUCCAGCGAUGGAUUCGAGCAAAUAUGUGUUGAAGGGAACUCCACGUCAGUUCCGACUUCCACGAGCUUGACAACGUCAACGUCUACCUCCACAGUCAGCACAACCACCACUCCGCCAGCGGAGGUCAUGCCGGAUGAGGCUUCCAAGUGCAACAAGUGCAACAAGUGGCAUACUGUGGUUUCUGGCGACGGUUGCCAAGCCAUUGCCGAUCAAUAUGACAUCUUACUGAGCGACUUCUACAUAUGGAACCCGAGCGUUGGAACCAGUUGCGCAUCACUGUGGCUUGGAUAUGCUGUCUGUGUGGGAGUUUCGUCUUAA